AGGAGGAGGAGGGUGGGUGAAGCCGGAAGAGGAAACCCAGUGAACUCCCAACCAGGCGAAAUGAGUGGUUUGGGGAAGCUUUUCGGGAAGGGUAAGAAGGCCAAAGCGCCCACCCCGCAGGAGGCCAUCCAGAAGCUGCGGGAGACAGAAGAGGUGCUUGUCAAGAAACAAGAAUUCCUGGAGCAAAAGAUCCAGCAGGAGCUACAGUCGGCCAAGAAACAUGGGACCAAAAACAAAAGAGCCGCUCUGCAGGCCCUCAAGAGGAAGAAGCGCUACGAACAGCAACUGGGGCAGAUUGACGGCACCCUCUCCACUAUUGAGUUCCAACGGGAAGCCCUGGAAAAUGCCACCACCAACACCGAAGUGCUCAAGACCAUGUCAGAUGCUGCCCGGGCCAUGAAGGAGGCUCACCAACACAUGGACAUUGACAAGGUGGAUGACUUGAUGGCUGAAAUUACAGAACAGCAGGAUAUUGCCCAGCAGAUUUCUGAUGCCAUCUCGAAACCCGUUGGCUUUGGAGACGACGUUGAUGAGGAUGAACUGCUCGCAGAGCUGGAGGAGAUGGAACAGGAAGACCUGGACAAGGAGCUGUUGAAUGUCGGGGAACCCACCCCAGAACUUCCCAGUGUGCCUGCCUCUCGCAUUCCUAGUGUACCAGCCUCCAAAAUGCCAGCAGGUGCUCUGGAGGACGACGACGAUGAAGACAUGAAGCAACUUGCCGCCUGGGUCUCCCCAGAUCCCAUCCCUCCCUUAUCCCCAAGCCACCCCAUAAUGGCCCAUUACCCAUCCCUUGUGCUCCUCUUCUCACUCCUUUUCCUGUUCUCUGUGGCCUCUUCGGAGGGUCACUACAAGCAAGGGGAUGCAGUGAUGCUUUACGUCAACAAAGUUGGACCUUACCACAACCCCCAGGAGACCUACCAUUACUACCAACUUCCUGUGUGCUCCCCAGCCAACAUUCGCCACAAAAGCCUUACUUUGGGGGAAGUGCUGGAUGGAGACCGCAUGGCCGAGUCCAUGUACGAGAUCCGCUUCCGCGAGAACGUCGAAAAGAAGAUCCUCUGUGAAAUGAAGCUUUCAUCUGAGGAGGUGGAACGCCUCCGCCAAGCUAUUGAAGAGCUCUACUACUUUGAAUUUGUGGUGGAUGACUUGCCCCUCCGUGGCUUUGUGGGUUACAUGGAGGAGAGUGGCUUCUUGCCCCACAGCCACAAGAUUGGGCUUUGGACCCACCUGGACUUCCAUCUGGAAUGGAAUGGAGACCGCAUAAUCUAUGCCAAUGUCAGUGUUCGCAAUGUCAAGCCCACCAGUCUGGAUGAUGUCCGGAACAGCCUCCCCAUCACACACACCUACAGUGUACGCUGGUCUGAGACCACCUCAGAACGACGAGGCGAACGCCGGGGGAGCCGGGGUGGGGAUGAUGGCUUUUUUCCACGGACCUUGGAGAUCCAUUGGUUGUCCAUCAUCAAUUCCAUGGUGUUGGUGUUCCUUCUAGUGGGCUUUGUGGUUGUCAUCCUCAUGCGGGUCCUUAAGAAUGACCUGGCUCGCUACAACCUGGAUGAGGAGGCCUCCUCUUCAUCUUCGGGUGAUGACUUUGACCAAGGGGAUAAUGGGUGGAAGAUCAUCCACACAGACGUCUUCCGAUUCCCACCUUGCCGUAGCCUUCUCUGUGCUGUGCUUGGCGUGGGCAGCCAAUUCUUGGCCUUGGGCACAGGCAUCAUUGUGAUGGCACUCUUGGGCAUGUUCAAUGUCCACCGGCAUGGCGCCAUCAACUCAGCUGCCAUCCUCCUCUAUGCCCUCACCUGCUGCAUCUCUGGCUAUGUCUCCAGCAACUUCUAUCGCCAGAUUGGAGGAGAGCGUUGGGUCUGGAAUAUUCUUCUCACUACAAGCCUUUUCUCUGCUCCUUUUUUCCUGACCUGGAGUGUGGUCAACUCGGUGCACUGGGCCAAUGGGUCGACACAGGCGCUUCCAGCCACCACCAUCCUCCUCCUGCUCACGGUUUGGCUGCUAGUGGGCUUUCCCCUGACCGUCAUCGGAGGCAUCUUUGGGAAGAACCGGGCUGGCCCCUUUGACGCACCCUGUCGCACCAAGAACAUUGCAAGAGAGAUCCCACCCCAGCCCUGGUACAAGUCCACACUGGUGCACAUGACCAUCGGAGGAUUCCUGCCCUUCAGUGCCAUUUCUGUGGAGCUGUACUAUAUCUUUGCCACUGUCUGGGGCCGAGAGCAGUAUACACUCUACGGGAUCCUCUUCUUCGUUUUUGCCAUCCUGUUGAGCGUUGGGGCUUGCAUUUCCAUUGCUCUCACCUACUUCCAGCUCUCGGGUGAGGACUACCGCUGGUGGUGGCGCUCCGUCCUGAGCACCGGCUCCACGGGCCUCUUCAUCUUUCUCUACUCCGUCUUCUACUAUUCACGGCGCUCUAACAUGUCCGGCGCGGUCCAGACAGUGGAAUUCUUUGGCUACUCCCUCCUCACGGGCUACGUCUUCUUCCUGAUGCUGGGGACCAUCUCGUUCUUUGCCUCCCUGAAGUUCAUCCGCUACAUCUAUGUCAACCUCAAGAUGGACUAAGUUUUUGCUCUCGUUGUCUAGGGCUGUGAUCAAGCUCUGUUUCCCAUUGCUAGGAUGGGUAGGGCUCAAAGUGGUACCUUCCAUUGCAGAGUUCUCUGCAGAUUGGCUAGCCUGGCAAGGCUAGAAGCUCUCUUUCCAUGGGCUGGGAUCUCAACUGAAAACCUUGGCUAUCUAUGACCUGUCCUUUUAUUGGCUAGAAUUGUUUGAGAGUUUCCUUGGUCACUACAGUGGCAACUUUUUUGAUUGACGGGAAGAGGAAGGAAGCAGCACCCCAAAUUUCUCCUCACUUGUUGGUCAGGAAAAGUAGCCAAUCAGUGAACCCUAAAAAUCUGGCUAGAUACUAAAUACUGCUGUGGAUUCCUGAUCUUUUAUUUUUAUUUUUGUGUUGGUCAAAAACAGCAGUUUUUGCACUGGGGUGGGAGUAGUUGCCUACUGAUUUUUCACUGCCUGAAACAUGACCAGUUGGUGGACUCCUCUUUCUAUCAGCUGUGCAAUCCAAUCCAGUCAAAUCAACAGAAGCCAAGCAAAGUUAAUCAGAGAUCUCUGCCUCUUCCAAGGCGAGUUUGGCUCUUGUUGCUGACCAGCUGGGAACUGUGAAGACAUUUAUUGUUAUUUUAUUUUUGUCCACUAUGAUUAGAUUCCUUCAGAGCUCUUAUGCAAUUGAAUGACAGGUCCCAGCCAAUCAUACUAUUAUUUUUAAACGAUGCCAUCUGAAUUAUAAAUGGACCGGCAGGGCCGGCCUCACAGAUGAUAAUUGGUACAACAGCAGGCACUACCCUUGCCGUUUCUGCUCUCCAGCCUUCUGGAUCUGGAAGAGGAUUUUCCAGCCGAGAUGGCCUUUAACCUUCCCCGCAAACCUGGCACCCCCUCCAGAUAUGGUGGGCUACAUCUCCCAUCACCCAUGGCCUUUGUGGCUGUCUGCAGUAGAAUAAAAGUUGUCGUCUAACAUACCUGGAGGGUGUGAGGCGAGAGAAGGGGUGGACCGCCUCAUGCGGCCCUCUUUGGACUACAGCUGCCAUCAUUCCCCACCUUGGACUAGGGCCACUGGGAGCUGCAGUCCCAAUGACAUCUGGAGAGUCACAUGAUCCCCACUCCGGUAGAGGUUAAAACUAGAUCCUUCCACUGUUGGAGGGAUUAUGGGCUUUUUUGGGAGGAGGGGGCAGAGUACCUAUAUAAAUAUAUAUUUUUGGUGGAUCUUUCCUUGCAGUUUUUGAGGAUCCUCUUCUUUGCAUGCUGGAGGGAGAAGAGUGGGGCAUAGUAGGCUCACUUUUCCACGGAGCCUGGUAGCUGGCUGUCAUAAUACAUGAAGCAGUCCCUUUUCCAGCUCCCUUGCUCCCUGAAUUUCCAGUUUAUUUCCUUCCUUUAUGUGCCCAUGGUGCCUGGUGCUGUUAAAAGUACAGUUGGGUGAGAAGCUGUUUCUUUCCCUUUCCACCUGGGUGAAGAAAAUGCCUAUAGUUAUAUAUUGAAAAUAUAUAUAUAAGGAGUUAUGUAUAUUAGCAAGGAUUUGACGUUGGGUUAUUUUUUAAUUUGAUGGUUUGUUUUAUUUCAUUUCUGUUCCAACAGUUUCUUUUUACAGAUCUUGGAAAUAAACUUUAUUAAUAAAAAAACCUAAAA